AUGGGGCCGCGCCCCGCCGCCCUCGCGCUGCUGGGUCUCGCCGCUGCUGUCGCCGCGGUGCCGCUGCCGCUGCCCGACGCCGGCCCGCAUGUUAACUACGGCUGGGGGGAACCGAUCCGGCUGCGGCACCUUUACACCGCCAGCAAGCACGGGCUCUUCAGCUGCUUCCUGCGGAUCGGAGGCGAUGGCCGGGUAGAUGCCGCCGGUAGCCAGAGCCCGCAGAGUCUGCUGGAGAUCCGUGCAGUGGCCGUGCGUACCGUGGCCAUCAAGGGCGUGCGAAGCUCCCGUUACCUCUGCAUGGACGAGGCGGGGCGGCUGCACGGGCAGCUCAGGUAUUCCACAGAGGAUUGUUCCUUUGAAGAGGAGAUUCGUCCAGAUGGCUACAAUAUAUAUAGAUCGAAAAAAUAUGGAAUAUCAGUGUCUUUGAGUAGUGCCAAGCAAAGACAGCAGUUCAAAGGGAAAGAUUUCCUUCCACUGUCUCACUUUUUACCUAUGAUCAACACUGUGCCUGUGGAAUCAACAGACUUUGGUGAAUAUGGUGAUUACAGCCAGGCCUUUGAACCAGAAUUGUAUUCUUCACCUCUGGAAACAGACAGCAUGGACCCCUUUGGUAUCACCUCCAAACUGUUACCAGUGAAGAGCCCCAGCUUUCAGAAAUGA